GCGCCCCCGGCCCCGCCCCAACCCCCGCCCGGCGGUCCCCGCGGACCCGCUUGCGCCGCGCACCUCCCAGUCUGCGGCUGCGCGCUGGCGGGGCCAGGGCGCGGGAGGGGUCGCGCCGGGGCCGCGGAGCUCCAGCGGCGGCGGCGGCAGCGGCGGGAGAGGCGCAGCGGGUCCGGCGGCCGCGGCCACAGGCGGAGAACACGGAGGCGGCGUCAUGUCUCGCUACACGAGGCCCCCCAACACCUCCCUGUUCGUCAGGAACGUUGCGGACGCCACCAGGCCUGAGGACUUGCGCCGUGAGUUUGGUCGAUAUGGCCCUAUAGUAGACGUUUACAUUCCACUUGACUUCUACACUCGCCGCCCACGAGGAUUUGCUUAUGUUCAAUUUGAAGAUGUUCGAGAUGCUGAAGAUGCUCUUUAUAACCUCAAUAGAAAGUGGGUGUGUGGCCGUCAGAUUGAAAUACAGUUUGCACAAGGUGAUCGCAAAACACCAGGCCAAAUGAAAUCAAAAGAACGUCAUCCUUGUUCUCCAAGUGAUCAUAGGAGAUCAAGAAGCCCCAGCCAAAGAAGAACUCGAAGUAGGAGUUCUUCAUGGGGCAGAAACAGGAGGCGUUCUGAUAGCCUUAAAGAGUCUCGAUACAGGCGAUUUUCUUACAGCCAUUCUAAAUCUCGUUCCAAAUCACUACCAAGGCAGUCUACCUCAGAAAGGCAGUCAAGAACUCCAAGAAGGAAUUCUGGUUCUAGAGGACGGUCAAGGUCCAAGUCCUUACAAAAGAGGUCCAAGUCAAUGGGAAAAUCACAAUCAAGUUCACCUCAAAAGCAGACUAGCUCAGGCACAAAAUCAAGAUCACAUGGAAGACAUUCUGACUCCAUCGCAAGAUCCCCGUGUACAUCUCCCAAAGGGUAUACCAGUUCUGAGACUAAAGCACAAUCAGCAAAACAGGCUCAUUUCCGGUCACAUUCCAGGUCUCGGAGUUAUCGUCAUAAAAACAGUUGGUGAACAGCAAUAGAAAGAGCCCUACGUAGUCUUUAAGUUAUUAAACCUCUCAUUAUGUUAAAUAAAAAUUCUUCAAGGC